AUGGCCAUUACGCCGACGCAAUUCGCCAAGAAGACGACGCAGUCCGCCAACUGGGGGGACGCGAAACGUCGAGUGAUCUCUUCCUACCGAGAAUGGAUGCGCGCUGCUCCUGAGAUGCAGACCAUGUACAACCUUCCGAUGCCCAUCUCUACCAUCCGCACGCGGAUACGACAAGAAUUUGAACGCCACCGAUACGUCAACAAGCUCCCCGUAGCUGACGUUCUUCUAUUCAAGUCGCAUGCCGAAUAUCAGGAGAUGAUGAACUUCUGGAAGCAGACCACGCACGUCAUGUCAUAUUUCAAGGAGGAGAACUUCAGGGGAGACAAGAGACUUCCUUCGGACUUCAUGUCCGGAUUCCUUGAGGGUCGAAACUAA